AUGUCCCAGCAGAGAAGCAGUGUAACCCAGUGUUCGAGUGAUAGAGAAUCACAGAACCAGACACGUGCCUCAGAUUUCCAUCUCAAGGGGCUUUCAGAGGAUCCACAACUGCAGCCCAUCCUCUUUGGGCUGUUCCUGUUCAUGUACCUGGUAACCAUCCUGGGGAACCUGCUCAUCAUCCUGGCUGUCAGCUCUGACUCCCACCUCCACACCCCCAUGUACUUCUUCCUCUCCAACCUGUCCUUUGCUGACAUCUGCUUUACCUCCACCACUGUCCCCAAGAUGAUUGUGGACAUCCACACUCACAGCAGAGUCAUCUCCUAUGUGGGCUGCCUGACACAGAUGUCUGUUUUUUCCAUUUUUGGAAAUAUGGAUAACAUGCUUCUGACUAUCAUGGCCUAUGACAGGUUUGUGGCCAUCUGUCACCCCCUGCAUUACUCAACCAUCAUGAACCCUCACCUCUGUGUCUUCUUAGUUUGGGUAUCCUUUGUAGUUAGCUUUUUGGACUCCCAGCUACACAAUUUAAUUGUCCUACAAUCUACUCAUUUCAAGCACAUGGAAAUUUCUAAUUUUUUCUGUGAACCAUCUCAACUCCUUAAUCUUACCUGUUCUAAAACCUUUAAUAGUAACAUAGUCAUGUAUUUUAUUGGUGCCAUCUUUGGUCUUUUCCCUAUCCUUGCGAUUCUUUUCUCUUACUAUAAAAUUAUUUCCUCCAUUCUGAGGAUCCCAUCCUCAGGAGGGAAGUACAAAGCCUUCUCCACCUGUGGGUCUCACCUGUCAGUUGUUUGCUUAUUUUAUGGGACAGCCAUUGCUGUGUACCUUGGUUCAGCUUUUUCCUCUUCCCCCAGGAAGGAUGUGGUGGCCUCAGUGAUGUAUACUGUGGUCACCCCCAUGCUGAACCCCUUCAUCUACAGCCUGAGGAACAGGGACAUUAAAAGUGCCCUGUGGAGGCUGCAGAGCAGGACAGUCUAA